AUGACUAAAUUCAUGAAAUUUGACUUUAUUAUUGACUAUGAAAUCAUUCUCACAGCAUCCAUUUUUGGGAAAGUGUGUAAAAUGCGUGAUAAAACGUCACGUGCUAAAACUGUGAAUGAUAUUUUAUUUGGUACAUUCACUGGAAAUGCCGCCACUAGGUAUGGAAUUGCCAAUGAAAUAAUUGCUAAAGAACAACUAGAAGGCAUUCUAAAGCAAAAAAUACAACCAGCAGGUUUAAUAGUUGACAACAAUAUGCCAUUUAUAGCAGCCUCUCCUGAUGGAAUACUGGAUGAUGGAUCAUUAAUAGAAAUUAAGUGUCCAGCUAGUGCCAAAGACCUUACACCAGAAGAUGCUAUACAAGUCAAGAAAAUUAAAUGUUGCUCAAUUAAGGAUGGACAAUUGUAUUUAAAACGCAACGAUAAUUAUUAUUAUCAAGUUCAGGGUCAACUGCACAUAAGUCAAAAAAAGUAUUGCUACUUUUGUGUAUGGACCCCAAAAGGUUUGAUGUAUGAAAAAAUAAAAAGAGACGACGAUUUUUGGCAAAACAACAUGGCAAUUAAAAUUAAAUCGUUUUAUUUAGAAAAUCUUUUACCCAUAUUAACUAAAGAAAACUUGCUUCAAUAA